AUGGAGGCCAAAACACUUUCUCUCCCUUUCCUUUUCUUUAUUGUCAUAUUUUCCCAAAUUUUGCUUUCAACUUCUAGAAGGAUCCUAGACGACCCUUCUGAUAUCUCAUCAUCGGCAAGUUUGUGGAGUCGUAAUGCGGAGAGGCUUAUCAAAUCCUUUAAUCUAAUGCCUAAGCGUGACAUCAAUGUGAUACCAAAAGGAAGCCAUGGUGCUUUGAGACUCGUUGAGAGCCAACGUAAUUUUUCUGCAACAAUUGGCGCGGUUAACACCUCUAGUGGUCCUUCUGUCCAAGAAUUUGGCCACUACGCCGGUUACUACAGCCUCCCUCAUUCAAAAUCAGCAAAGAUGUUUUAUUUUUUCUUUGAGUCACGGAACAACAGUACCGAUCCAGUUGUGAUAUGGUUAUCCGGUGGACCGGGUUGCAGUAGCAGUGUGGCUUUGUUCUAUGAGAAUGGUCCAUUUACAAUCUCGGGCAAUCUUUCUCUUACUUGGAAUGAUUUCGGUUGGGAUAAGGUAUCCAAUCUAAUUUAUGUGGACCAACCAAUUGGAACUGGUUUCAGUUAUACCUCGGAUAGUAGCGAUCUGCGGCAUGAUGAGGUUGGUGUCAGCAAUGACCUCUACGAUUUUUUACAGGCCUUUUUUAAAGAACAUCCAAAAUUCGCAAAGAACGAUUUCUACAUUACCGGUGAAUCUUAUGCUGGUCACUACAUUCCAGCACUAGCUUCACGAGUUCAUAGUGGAAACAAAAAGAAUGAAGGAAUUCCAAUCAAUCUAAAGGGCUUUGCGAUUGGUAAUGGUUUAACCAACUCGGAGAUCCAAUAUGGUGCAUAUGGGGAUUAUGCACUUGAAAUGAAGUUGAUUUCAGAGUCUGAUCACGAGAGUCUAAAGCAAGAUUACGUUGAGUGUCAAGGUUUCACUAAAAAAUGCAACCUUGAUGGUGGGUUAGCUUGUGCUUCUGCUUUCGAAGUUUGCAACGACAUAUUUUACCAGAUAGCAUCUAAAACAGAAGGCACAAAUUACUAUGACUUGAGGAAGAAAUGUGUGGGAAGCCAGUGCUAUGACUUUUCGAAGAUGGAAACAUUUUUGAACCAAGAAAACGUAAGAAAAGCUUUAGGAGUUGGAGAUAUCAAAUUUGUGUCGUGUAGUACCACAGUUUAUGAUGCAAUGACGGAGGAUUGGAUGCUUAAUCUUGAGGUCAAGAUUCCGGCUCUUGUCGAAGAUGGAAUCAAUCUCCUUGUUUAUGCCGGAGAAUAUGAUCUCGUUUGCAAUUGGCUUGGAAACUCCAGGUGGGUCGAGCAGAUGAAUUGGUCAGGCCAGAAGGAUUUUGGAUCAGCGAAGACAGUACCCUUCCUGGUAGAUGGUAAAGAAGCCGGUUUAAUGAAGAAUCACGGUUCUCUCACUUUCCUUAAGGUUCAUGACGCUGGACACAUGGUUCCGAUGGAUCAGCCCAAAGCUUCUUUGCAAAUGCUUCAGAAUUGGAUGCAAGGAAAGCUCGCUACUCCGAGCGGUCAAUGAUUCUUAUUUUUAAUGCCUAGCCGAGAAUUUAUAUGUUCUAUUAUGAAAAUAAAUGUUGUUUCCUUAGUCACUUUCUCUUC